AUGGAAAACAAGUUCAGUGGAGGUUCCUUCACUCCUCACAGGCAGCGGCAGGCGUGGUUACCUGCCCAGGUGUCUGAGCGGGUCCGAGGGCCGGCGCUGACACCAGCUGACCCAGCAGACCCAGUGGAGAGCACAGCAGCAUCAGUGCAGCGCCCCGUCCUGCAAAUGGAGUGGCUCCAGGCCUGGGGGCUCUUUGGACUUUUAGUUUUCGCCGCCGCCCAGAACAGCACAGACAGGCCCGACCCCCGGCCCUCCUAUCUGUUGCUGGGCCCCCGGUCCCUCCGGCCUGGAGUCCCAGUCGCGGUGUCCGUCACUGUCCUGUCCGCCUCGCCGGUCACCGUGCUCGCUCAGAUCGUCCACGGCAACAGCAGCAUCGCUUCAAACUCAACCACCAUCGAUGGAGGUUCAACCGAGCUGCUGGUGCUGCCACCUGUCCUCGGCAGCAAGUCGAGCUACUGGAGGCCAUACAUGCUGGAGGUCAAAGGUUACGUGGCGGGCAUCGAGGUUUUCUCCAACUCAACACGGCUGCGCUUCAACCCCAAAGGCCUGUCCACCUUCAUCCAAACAGACAAGCUGAACUACCGGCCCGGACAGGAAGUGAAGAUCCGCGCCGUGUCCAUCCACCCGGACGGGAAACCACAAACGAGCCCGGCCGACAUCAUCAUUAAAGAUCCUCGGGGGAACAUGAUCAGACAGUGGCUCAAUCUGGACAGCGUUCUCGGCGUUGUCUCCAAGCGGCUCCAGCUGUCUGAAAACCCGCCACUCGGAAAAUGGACCAUCGUUACCACAGUCAACGGCAUUUCCAGUGAGAAGCACUUCAACGUGGCUCAUUACGAGUUGCCAAAGUUUAAGGUUGUGAUCGAGGCACCCGCCGUCCUGUAUUAUGAGGACAGUCUGCACGGCUCUGUCACAGCUAAGUAUGUGUACGGCAAACCUGUCCAGGGACGCGUGAAUAUAUCAUUCAUCCAUAUUUUCCACGGAAUGAGACGAGUUUUCCAUGAGGAUAAAAUGAUCGAUGGCACCACAGAUUUUACGCUUGAUGUUCCCGACUUCCGUGACAUGAAAAAACGAUUUGCAGAGUUUGAUGACGAGUACAGGAGCCCUCAGUUUUUAAUCAUUGAUGCUAACGUUACUGAAUACCUAACAGGUCUCACAUAUUCCAGUGUGACAAAGGUAUCUCUAGCUGGAGAACGAUAUCAAGUUGCCUUUGAUGAUUAUUCCAAAAUAUUAAGGCCCUCUUUGAACUUUACUGCUAAGCUGAAAAUAUCCACAUUCAACAACCAACCACUGUCACCAGAGGACCAGGGAAAGACGGUUAGAGUUUCAGUGACGCAGUACAAGCAAAUUCCUUGGCUUGUAAACUGGGGCAUCUCUGGAGGAAUUGUACCCCGUUUUUCACAAAUGCCAGGUCCUUCUGGGUUCAACUUUACCCCACCAGAGGAAUUACCGGUAGAAGAGGUGUUCUUGUUUCCGGUUCCCACGGACGGAGUCAUACCGCUUUUCUUGCAGCUCUUGAACGAAACUGAAAUACUCACCAUUGAAGCUUCAUUUGAGGAUAGCCAAAAGACACUAAAUCUCUACAGCAGCUAUACCUCCCCCAGUAAAUCCUACCUGGAGAUUCAGAGACCCAUUUCAUCUCCACAGGUUGGUUUACCUCUCCAGUUGGAAAUUCAGAGCAACUUUCAGCUAUCUGAUAUCCACUACAUGGUGAAGUCCAGAGGUCAGAUCAUUUCUGCUGGGAAAAGCAAUCUUCCAUUAAUCCUGGUCCCGGACAGCUCCUGGGCUCCUGAGGUCUGCAUUGUAGUCUACUGUGUACAUUCAAAUGGAGAAGUCAUCAAUGAUGCCAUACAGCUGCCCAUCACCUGGCUCUUACAAAACCAGGUGUCUUUGAGCUGGAGCGAGGCCGACAGGAAGCCAGCGGAGCCAGUGUCUCUGAGGGUGUCGGUGGCGGAGCCCGGCUCUCUGGUGGGGAUCCUGGUGGUGGACAAGGCCGCCCGUUUGAACGGCUCACACAACGACAUCACCAAGGAAACGGUGCUGGAGGAGAUCGCCGGGUAUAACCGUGACAAACCCAUUAGGCAACAAAUGGGAGAUCCAUACUCCAUCUUCAUGACGUGUGAUCUUGUGGUGCUGACUGACACCAGUUUAUCCGUCCAGAGGAAAAAUCCCAUGAUGCCACAGCCUGAGUUUCCAGGGGAGGGAGUCCAGCUCCUCGCCAUGACCGCUGAGUCGGACACGGAGCAGCAGGAGGAGCCGCGGGAACGCUGGAACUUUCCGGAGACGUGGCUGUGGCUGGACACCAACACAGGUAACUCGAGCGCGGCGGUGAUGAGUCUGACCGUGCCGGACAGCAUCACCACCUGGAGCGCCACCGCCUUCGUCGUGUCAGAGAGCCUCGGGCUCGGCGUCGUGGAAACGCCUGCAGAGCUCACCGUGUUCCAGGAUUUCUUUCUGUCCUUGAAUCUCCCGGCCUACAUCGUCCGCGGAGAGGAGCUGGUGCUGGAAGUCCUGCUGUUCAACUACCUGCCGCAGGACCUGGAGGUCAUGGUGAUUGUUGCUGAGAGUGACACCUUCCAGUUCGUCUUCCCGGACAAUGAGGCGCUCUCCAUGGCCAGCGUGCGCCGGCUCUCCGUGCCGAGCCAGGGCGCCGCGUCCGUCCUCAUUCCCAUAAAGCCGCUGGUCCUCGGAGAGAUUCCCGUCUCUGUGAAAGCCGUGUCGUCUGCGGCCUCCGACGCCGUCCGCAGGGCGGUGCUCGUCAAGCCCGAGGGAGUGGAGCAGUGGUUUUCGACCUCUUUGUUCCUGGAGCUCGCCCCCCCUGAGACGAGCCUUUCCAGAGACAUCACGUUCACCUUCCCGGCAGAUGUGGUGGCAGGCAGCGAGAGAGCUCACGUGACCGCCGUCGGUGACAUCCUGGCUCCGUCCAUCGCCGGCCUGGGCUCGCUGGUCCGGAUGCCUUACGGCUGCGGGGAGCAGAAUAUGAUCAACUUUGCUCCGAACAUCUACGUCCUCCGGUACCUGACGGCCACGGGACAGGCCGACGCCGCGACCGCCGAGCGAGCCAAAGCCUUCAUGGUGACAGGUUAUGAGCGACAGCUGUCCUUCCAGAGAGCGGACGGCUCCUUCAGCGCGUUCGGAGACAGCGAUCCGUCCGGAAGCUCUUGGCUCUCUGCCUUCGUGCUGCGCUGUUUCCUUCAGGCCAGGAGCUUCGUCUUCAUCCAGCAGGAGGUGGUGCAGCGAGCCGCUGCGUGGCUGGCAGCCCAGCAGGGGGCAGACGGGAGCUUCGAGGAGCCCGGCCGGGUCAUUCACACGGCGCUGCAGGGCGGCCUGGACGGCCCCGUGGCCCUCACGGCCUACGUGCUCAUCGCUCUGCUGGAGGACAGCAGCAUCAAGGACCGGUAUGCGAGCCAGGUGUCGGAGGCCCUGAUGUUCCUGGAGACCCGGCUGGCUCUGAGCAUCUCCAGCAACUACAGCCUCAGUCUGCUCAGCUAUGCCCUGGCUCUGGCCGGCAGCUCCAGCGCCAACGCAGCAGUGAGCGAGCUGAUUGGACGAGCAGACGUGAGAGACGGCGUGCCGUUCUGGUCGUCCCUGGACGCCGGCCUGUCGGCGUCGUGGCAGCCUCGCUCGGCAGACAUCGAGAUGGCGUCCUACGUGCUGCUGGCGCUGCACGAGCUGGGCAACAUCACGGCGAACCUCGGCCUCGUCAAGUGGCUGAGCCGGCAGCGGAACGACCUGGGAGGAUACGGCAGCACACAGGACACGGUGGUGGCUCUGCAGGCGCUGUCCACGGCCGCCUCCAUCGCCCAGCCCCCUGACCUCGACCUCACCAUCACUGUGAGCCAAAACUCCUCCUCCUCCUCCUCCUCCUCCUCCUUCCACAUCCACUGGACCAACCGGCUGCUUCAGCAGAACCUGCAGAUUGACGUGGAGGAAGAGCUGAACCUGCGGCUCUCUGCAGAGGGAAAAGGCUUCGCCCUGAUUCAGCUCAACGUCUUUUACAACGUCGACGCCCGGCGCCUGUCCAGGAGACGACGAGACGCCGCCGAGCACGAAGCCUUUGACCUGCAGGUGGCGCUGUCCGACACGAAGAUGCACUCGGCCCGGCUGCUCAUCUGCACCAGGCUGUUGCCGGCGUCGGGUCUGUAUGCAACAGGCAUGGCGGUCCUGGAGGUGGGACUCCUCAGCGGCUUCGGCCUGGCUCAGGACGGCGUCCGGACCGGUGACGUGAUCAAGAGGGUGGAGACGCCGCCGAGGAAAGUCGUCCUGUACCUGGACUCAGUGACGCGGGAGAAGAUGUGUGUGCGGCUUCCUCUGGUGAUGGAGCACAAAGUGGCCAAAGUCCAGGAUGCAGCUGUUGUCAUCUAUGAUUAUUAUGAACCGCGGAGGAGGACGGAGAAGACAUACAAGUCGUCCUGGAGGCGAAACAUGAGCAGCUGUUCGUUCUGCGGCGACGGCUGCGGUCAGUGCCGAGCAAGAGACGACUUCCUGUACGCGAGCGGCGGCCCGUCGCAGCGUCACUUCCUGCCGUCCUGUUUACUCUCCACUCUGCUGCUCCUCCUCUUCACCGUGUAA